CUCCGGUGACGCGUUCCACCUAUUCGAUCCACGCAUGCGCAGAGGCCCAGUGUCAGAGCAGCACCAUCAGGAGGAGCAGCCGCCGCCGGGGAGACAAGGAGCUGUCGUGUUGUUUAUUUCACACAAGAUAAAACUUUUCUCCACAAUGUCGGAAUUUGACAGCAACCCCUUCGUUGACCCAGUGGACGUAAAUCCCUUCCAGGAUGCCUCGAUCACACAAGCCACCAGGGGAGUCGCUGAAAACGUUGGGGAGUUCAACCCCUUCUCUGCAACUGAAAUGGGAGCCCCCUCUGGCACGACCAUCCCCAUCUCUGCUGCCUCCUCUCAACCCGCCAUCCUGCAGACCUCUGUGGAGCAGAGCGCACAAGCAGCUGCAGCUGCUGGCCAGGCGAAUCUGAUCAAACAGCAGGAGGAGCUGGAGAAGAAAGCAGCUGAGCUGGAGCGGAAGGAGCAGGAGCUACAGAACAGGAGCGGAGGCAGACCGCUGAACACUGGUACUAAAGAGAACAACUGGCCACCUCUUCCCCAAUUCUUCCCUGUGAAUCCCUGCUUCUAUCAGGACUUUGAGGAGGACAUCCCUGAGGAGUACCGCAGGAUCUGCAAGAGAAUGUACUACCUCUGGAUGUUCCACAGUGCCACUCUCUUCCUCAACGUGCUGGCCUGCUUGGCUUACUUCACUGCAGACUCUCAGAACGGCGUUGACUUUGGUCUGUCCAUCCUUUGGUUCAUCCUCUUCACCCCUGUGUCCUUCAUCUGUUGGUACAGGCCCGUCUACAAGGCCUUCAGGUCUGACAGCUCCUUCAGCUUCUUUUUCUUCUUUUUCGUCUUUUUCUUCCAAGUGGCAGUGUACAUCAUCCAGACUGUAGGGAUCCCCAAGUGGGGAAACAGUGGAUGGAUCACAUCCAUCAGCAUGAUCCGCAGUAACUUGGCUGUAGCUGUGGUUAUGAUGGUGGUGGCCGGUUUUUUCACUGUAAACACUGUCCUGGCUGUCAUCCUUCUGAAAAUGGUCCACUCUAAGUACAGAAGGACAGGUGCCAGCUUCACCAAGGCCCAGCAGGAGUUCUCCCAUGGAGUCCUCACUAACCGAACCGUCCAGACUGCUGCAGCAGGUGCUGCCACAUCUGCUGCCCAGGGUGCCUUUGGGAGGACCCAGGGAAAUUAGACUGAUUCCCCCAUCCUGAGUGCCUCAGGCCAGUCUCUUCUCUGACCAACAUACCAGACUAACCAUGUCCCAAUAUUCUUCAAUGGGUUUAGGGGAUGGGGGUUUGAUUAUUUAAUGAAAAGGGCCAGAAAACAAGUAAUUUAUGACGAGGAAAAGUCUUCUCUCCACAAGAUCAGCCUAGUGAGGUGUCCCUAUUCUCCACUUAUAAACUUUAAAAUAUGCUAUCAAAGGUUAUUCUUGGAAAUGUCGGAAAUCACAAACUGAAAUUGAAUAAAACAAGGUGACAGAGUGGGUAUGACAAAAAAUUAAUUGGCAAACAUCAUCACAACAUAACUAACUCCUGGAAUGGAUUUAACAUAGACUAAAGAUGUAGAUGUGAGAGUAUCUGCAGUGCACCACUGAACAGGGCUGGGGUUUAGUGGAAAGGUACAUUUAUUUAAAUCCUUUCAUCGUUUGAGACGCUGGUGAAAAGUAUUAGGAUUUUUCUAUCUCACUGUUUAUGUAGAAAUAACAUACUGGGGCCUCAAAAAUAAACUCUGUGCUUAGAGUUGGGAUUAUAUAAAAAGCACACUUGACAUGAGAAUGUUUUACCAUCAGCGAAUGAUGGAUCCACAUAAUGUAUGUAUACAUAUUUUUGUCAUUACAGCAGCAUGUAGAGCUUUACAGGGUAACCAGUCUAUCAUUCUGUCUUUAUAAAAUUUUGAAUGCAUACUGUACACUUUAAGUUCUGAUGAUUUUCUAGUUACUUUCCUCUCAGGCAAUCAGACUGGAUGCUCUGUAAAAGGAGAUGCAUCAUGUUGCAUGUCACACUACUGGUGAACACAGUUGUUAUUUUAAUUUUGCUCACUUCAUUUUCUGUUUUCAUGUGUAUAAUACUGUAUAGGAUAAGCUGAUGAUUAAUGAAGGUGACGGGAUGAAGGUUUUUUUUCCUGCUGUUUCAAUCAGCUUUAGAUGAAGCGAGACAAAAAGCUCUUCUGAGGGCAAAUGAAGAUAAGGUUUAACUGGGAUCACACAUUUUAAUUCAUGUUGAGUUGCUAAGAAUGCCAUUAUGUUUGCUGUCAUAGUAUGCAGCCUGCUGUGGUUAAAAUGAAAGACGGGGUGCAGGUUUAUUAAUGUAAAGUUGCUGACAUAAUAUAGAAUUUAGGCUUAUUCACUAAGAAAAAGAGCAUUAAUGAGCAGAAAGAACACAAUAUCUAUCUGUCGAUUAUCCAUUCUUUUGACUUUGUAUCCAUAGUAAUUAUACAAGUCACGUGUUACUGAAUAGUUGCAGAUAGUUAGCAGAUAAUUUUCUAGCUGCACACUUGUUAGGUAUUAGCAUUUUCAUGUUUUUACUUGUGAAUAUAUAUAUAUAUAUAUAUAUAUAUAUAUAUAUAUAUAUAUAUAUAUAUAUAUAUAUAUAUAUAUAUGGUGUCCAAUUCUAAUCUUUUGUUACUGUAACACUGAAUCACAUUGUUAAGGUGUAACCUCAGUGCCUUUAAGCAGAUGUAACCUACCAUUUUUUUUGUGUGGGGGAUUUAAGUCCAAGGCUGUUGGUUAUUAGUGUUUUGUCUGAUUUUGUUUGUCUAUAUAGAGAAAUUUGUUUUAUGGUGAAUUUUCCCUUUGAUGAUCAGAAUGUGUAUUAAGGUGUGUUGUACAUAUUGGUGACUUAUUUAAAACUUAUUUACUUGAGGGGUAUUUGUUGGAAAUCGGUUCUCAGUCUUAAAAUUAAAUUUUUAAAAAAUU